AUGGAUCUCUGGGAUAAGGUUGGAAUAUAUGGGCUGGGGUCUGCUGAAGUCAUGCAGGUGCUUCGAGCUCUUAAUGCUGAUGCAUUGCCACCCUAUGAUAUCCGGUGUCUGGCUUGUAUUCUUUUUUGGCCUGUUGAAUAUGACAUCUUUGAAUCCAAAUGGACUCAGUUGGCAGGCAGAGUCAUAGUGCAGAAUGCUGCAUUGGGUCAGCAGGAUCCCAGGUGUGUGAUUGGAACUGAUGAGCUGCUGGGUAUGGGCAAUUUUGCUGAUCUUCAUAGGCAGGUUUCCCUUGACCCUCUUGUGCUUGACCAGUGCCAAAGAACAGGCAUGGCAGCAUUGAUUCAAACCAUAGAAAUGGCUGCUCUAAAGGAGUCCUUUGUGACUGUUGUCCAGGGAGCUCAGGAACCCUUUCUGCAAUUUGCAGAGAGGUUGACUGCCUCUAUUGAGAGGCAGGUGGAGGAUCUGAAUGUGAGGAUGCUUUUGCUCAAACACCUUGCGAGAACUAAUUGUAAUGCCGAGUGUAGGAGGAUCAUUGAGGUUCUUCCUGGUGAUCCUUCUGCAUCGCAAAUGGCAGAGGCCUGUGCAAAGGUAGGCACCACAGGUUAUAAGGUGGCUGCCAUGGCUACUGUUCUGCGGCCGGCCUCGACAGGGCCACAGGGUGGACAGCGAAAGCAGGGGAAUGCUCAGACCAGCAAGAAACAAGAAAGAAAAGCAGAGAACUGGUUUUGGGGAAAUGGUGGCUUUGGAUCCACUGGAUCACCUCAGGUUCACUGGACUGCUGUCCUGACCAAAGACCAUCCUGAGAAAUUGUGUAUCCUGUCCAUCCCUGGUGCAACGCCAGAGAUCCGCCUCCACAGGCUCCUUGACACUGUGACAGACCGAAAUUUGCCUUCUCAGUGCCAGCUAUCAACAAUGCUGAGCCCGCACAGCAGUAUCAAUGGAGGGUUCUUCCCCAGGGUUGUUGCAACUCGCCAGCCAUAUGCCAAUGUCACCUCGCACAAUGAGCUGGAGGAGGUUCAGCAAGCUGUUUCUGCUCGCCAAGUUUAUCGCAUUGACCCCUCCGUUGAUGUCACUGUUUUCACCACCACUCCAAGGGUAAACCCCAGAGGCCUUAGGGCCUCGGAGAUUUGGCAGACUGAUGUCACUCAAGUUGCUGAGUUUGGCCGGCUCAAGUGUGUGCAUGUCACUGUUGACACUUUCUUCUCUGUGAUGUGGGCUUCUGCUCACACUGAAGAAAAGACCCGCAAUGUCAUUGCCCACUGGAGGCAGGUCUUUGCCGUUCUCGGCAUACCUCCUGCUGUGAAGACCGACAAUGGUCCUGCUUACACCUCGCAGAAGGCUUUGGACAAGACUCAUCAACCUCGAGCGAAGGUUUGGGUGCAGAAUUUAGUCAUCAAACAGUGGGAAGGUCCCUAUGACCUUAUUGCUUCGGGGCACGGGUAUAUGUGUGUAUCCACAGAUACCAGGCUGGCCAAGCGGGAGCAGCCUGGGACCAGCAAUGACGAGGAGUGCUGGAGGGUAAGCAUUCCGGCGGUGGGUAAAGGAGGUGUGCGAGUGGGAGUGAAUGAGGCGGGGGCCAGCAGCUCGGACCCCCGAAGCAAGAGUGGACCCCUCGCACCGCGACAGCGGUUGGCGCCCAGUUCGUGGGGCCCCCACCCUCAGGACACGAGGCGGACCCCGCGGCACGGACUGAGGCUGCAAGAGCCUGAAGAAAAGUCCUUGGACGCCCCGCUACCCUUGGUCGAGCGGCUUCGUAAGAUCACGCUCCCAAGGGACGAAGAGGACAGCCUGAAGCGCCCAGCAGGUCCUCUUCAGGCAGCUAAUCUCGAGACCCCAGGCUUUAUCGCAUCCCAGGAGGGGCCAAUUUUAGUAACAUCAUCAAGGCAUGAACCUUAUCGGCUGCGGCUCACCGAAGGGCUCUAUCUGAGGACGGCGGAUUGGACCUUUCUUUCCAUAAACACCAAAGAACAAGGAGCCUGGCCAGUCCAAGGAAAGGAGCUUGUCAUCAUCGGGGACUGUAAGUACACCCCGCAAGAGGUCGAGAUUCUUCCAGGGGUUCUCGUCAACAACCCCAGAGAUCUCGUCCUCUGGCUGCGCUGCACCCAUCCACCCACAUUUAUUCCUAAGGGACAGGUGAUCGCACAAAUCAUCCCUACCCGGGGACCGAACAACACCCCGGUGGCUUGCCCUGUGCAAGCCAUCACUGAAGAAAGGCCCCGGGUAGACUGUGAGUUCAGGGUGGGCGGGGAAACAAUUAACAUCACUGGUCUUUUAGACACCGGGGCAGAUGUGACUGUUGUGCCAGCCCAGGAUUGGCCGUCACAUUGGGCUCUGCAGGACGUGGCUGGACACGUUCAAGGUGUCGGAGGGUUGCAAUUGGCGAGACAAUCCAGGAGCAUAGUGCAAAUUAAGGGGCCAAAAGGACAAUUGGCUAACAUCCGUCCUUUUGUUUUAGAUUAUAAGGAGCCUCUGCUUGGCAGAGAUCUCAUGUCACAAUGGGGGGUCAAAAUUGACAUACCCGACCCCUCAGUGGAAAUUUCCGCAGCGUCCAUUGACGAGCGUCCCACCAAGAAACUUAAUUGGCUGACGAACAAACCAGUUUGGGUGGAGCAAUGGCCGCUUUCAAAACCUAAAUUAAAAGCGCUCGAGGAGCUCGUGAAGGAGCAAUUGGCCAAGGGCCACAUUGUAGAAACCGACAGCCCUUGGAAUUCCCCAGUUUUUGUGAUUCAAAAGCCGGGGAAGGACAAGUGGCGGCUCCUUCAGGACCUCCGCCAAAUUAAUAAUGUUAUCGAAGACAUGGGGUCUCUCCAACCUGGGAUGCCUUCCCCGACUAUGCUCCCCCAAAAUUGGCAAUUGGCUGUAAUAGAUAUAAAAGAUUGCUUCUUUCAAAUUCCUCUGCACCCUGAUGAUGCCCCACGUUUUGCUUUCUCGGUUCCCACCAUCAACCGGGAAGCCCCGAGGAGACGCUAUCACUGGCGAGUUCUCCCGCAAGGGAUGAAGAACUCACCUGUUAUCUGCCAGUGGUAUGUGGCCUCCUUGCUGUCCCCUGUCCGCGCAGCCGCGGGACAGGCCAUCAUCUACCACUACAUGGAUGAUGUCCUGGUGUGCGCCCCGAAUGAUGACAUGCUUUCCCAUGUGCUUGGUCUGACAGUCGAUGCACUGGUUGCUGCAGGGUUUGAGCUACAGGAAGAAAAGGUUCAGCGGAUGCCGCCCUGGAAGUACCUCGGGCUCGAAAUCGGAAGGCGGACCAUUGUUCCCCAAAAAUUGGCAAUUCGAACAAAAGGGAGAAGGCCGGGGAUGCCAUAAAACACCUCAUCCACGCCUUCUCCUUCAUGGGCAUUCCGAGGGAACUGAAAACCGAUAACGGCCCGGCGUAUAAAUCCAGGGAGCUUCGUAGCUUCCUGCAGCAAUGGGGGGUG